UGUCUAAGUUUUUGUUGAAUUGCAAAAUGUGUGUGCUGUUUCAACCAAAUCUCACAUGAUGACAUGUUAGUCAUAGUGGAGAAUAAAGGGUCAUAUACCUCCUCCGCAGAGAAUCUUUCUUUUUCUUUUCUUUGUGAAGAUAUGGUUUCCCUUUAGGACUUCCACAACAAAAGAGAAGAAAAAUGGGUGAAAAAUUUGUACAUCAUUUGUUAAUGGUGAACUGUUGGUUUGUGAAAUAGUGCAGAGUGUGAGUUUUGGUACUUCCAUUUUGCUUUCUCAACCCGUGCCACCAGUUUGUCUUAAUGUGUGCAGAGUAAAGGUGACGCCGGGAAAACGGUUUCUCGUGGCACGGCAAUAUUUGGAGAUUUUCUAUUGAUGAUUUUCUGAAUGUGUGGUAGAGAAAAAUUUGGUUUUAUUCAAUUGGGUUGACUGUGCAAGUUCUUACGAUUGAGGACUCAUUGGGAGUUUUUGGUGAUUUUGGAAGAAGAUGAUGAAGUCUGCAAGUUCAAUAAAAGGGGACUGAGUGGACAGGGGGCAGGGAAGUUAAGUUACAGAAAUGGUAGUCGUGGACUGGUACCGCAGUACUGCCUACUUUUGAGAAUCUACUUCUGGAUGUGAAGGAUAUCCAAGCUUCAUUUCAGACAAGAUUGUAAUAUAGAGCACUUUAUUUUUGGUCCCGGUAUUCCCAACUACACUGAACUAGAGACUAAUCUUACUUGCGGUAUUGUGAUUGCCGCUGAGCCCACAAGCUUUUGCAUACGGCGGAGGAGAUUGAAUACGGAUUCUCUACUAAAUAGAUCGUCCUACAACGUGUAAGUGUUGGGUCUCUAACCACUGUAGCAACCCAUCGGGUAUACAAGAGCACUUUAUAGAAUAUAACAAAGCCUCCAAGUUUCUGCAUAACUUGCCAAUGAGAAAUAGGAUCCAUCCUUCAGUGCUUCUGGUUUCGGUAACAGUUUUCUUCUCUAUCUCAUAUUCAGAACAACUGCAAUCCUCUCACUCUCAGACCCUUCUAAGGAUUCAACAUCUAUUGAACUUUCCAGCUGUUUUAAGCAGCUGGAACAACAACACAGACUUUUGCAGCACAGAUUCAACAUCUUCUCUUACUGUAGUGUGCUAUGAGGGAACCAUAACCCAGCUACACAUAGUUGGUGAAGCAAGAGCUCUACUUCUCCCUAGGAAUUUCUCAAUAGAUUCCUUUGUCACAACAUUGGUCAGGCUUCCCAGUUUGAAAGUCCUCACUUUGGUUUCUCUUGGCAUAUGGGGCCCUUUACCUGGGAAGAUUGCGCGUUUGUCAUCACUGGAAAUAGUCAAUGUAAGUUCAAAUUUUCUAUAUGGUUCCAUCCCUCAAGAUUUCUCAUUACUGUCACACCUCCAAACACUUAUUCUAGAUGACAACAUGUUUUCUGGACACCUUCCUGAAUGGCUGGACUCCUUUCCAGCCUUAGCUGUGCUAAGUUUGAAAAACAAUUUAUUCAAUGGCUCGCUUCCGGAUUCGCUUAGUAGUCUGGAGACUAUGAGAAUUCUUUCACUUUCACAUAACAAUUUUUAUGGAUCAGUGCCUGAUCUGCGCCGUUUGACGAAUCUCCAAGUGCUGGAAAUGGAUAAUAAUGCUUUUGGACCUCAGUUUCCCUUGCUUGGUGACAAAUUGGUUACUCUAGUACUAAGAAACAACAAGUUCAGGUCUAGUAUCCCUGGUGAAGUGAGCUCAUAUUAUCAACUUGAGAGACUUGACAUCUCAGCAAACACAUUUGUUGGGCCAUUCCAACUAGAACUUUUAUCACUUCCUUCUAUUGCAUAUCUGAACAUUUCUGGGAACAAAUUAACAGGAAUGCUUUUUGAGAAUCUGUCUUGUAGCCCUGGACUUGAAGCAGUGGAUUUAUCCUCAAAUCUUUUGACUGGGACUUUACCAAAAUGCUUAAUGUCAAAUACCAAUGACAGGACUGUGUUAUAUGAUAGAAAUUGUCUAGAAGAAACAAAUCAAAAUCAGCAUGCACCGCCCUUUUGCCACACUGAAGCCAUAGCUGUGGGAAUAGUGCCUGAGGGAAAGAAGCACAAACGAGUAUCUAAGGCUGUUCUCUCCAUUGGGAUAGUAUGUGUAACUUUUGGAGGGAUAGCAAUUGUUGCACUGAUUUUCUUUAUUAUUAGAAGGGUAAAUUUCAAAACCAAAAUCAAGAGUCCUCCAACAAAAUUAAUAUCAGAGAAUGCAGCUUCCGGAUACACCUCAAAGUUACUCUCUGAUGCAAGGUAUAUAUCUCAAAACAUGAAGUUCGGAACAGUUGGCCUGCCACCUUAUCGAGCUUUCUCUCUUGAUGAGAUUGUAGCAGCUACAAGCAACUUUGACACAGCUUCUUUCAUGGGGGAAGGUUCUCAGGGAAAGUUGCACAGAGGUCAACUAAAGGAUGGUGUACUUGUUGCCAUUAGAAGUGUAAAAAUGACUAAAAGCUACAGCACUCAAGAUUUUAUGCAUAACAUAGAGCUGAUAUCGAAAUACAGGCAUCGUCAUUUAGUUAGCGUUCUUGGACACUGCUUUGAAUGCUAUUUGGAUGAUUCAAGUGUCAGCAGCAUAUUUAUUGUCUUUGAGUAUGUACCAAAUGGCACGCUCAAGAGCUGGAUCUCAGAUGGGCACUACAGAAAAUCCCUGACAUGGACGCAACGCAUAGAAGCUGCAAUUGGAGUAGCAAAGGGCAUCCAAUUUCUGCAUACAGGGAUUGUCCCUGGUGUAUAUUCAAACAAUCUUAAAAUAACAGAUGUUUUACUUGACCAAAAUUUUACUGCAAAAAUCAGCAGUUAUGGCCUGCCUUUGUUAUCUAAUAUGGGAAAGGUUGGGCAAGGUAAUCAUUCCAGCGGAUUCAAAAGUUCUAGCAUUAACAAAAGUGUAAAAAAUGAAGACAAGUCUGAUGUGUAUGACUUUGGAGUAAUACUACUGGAACUCAUUCUAGGAAGGACAAUAAAGUCAAGGAAUGUGAAAACUUUAAAGGAUCUGUUGCAAGCAAGCAUAACAGCUGAUGGUGAAGCUAGGAGGAGCAUUAUAGAUCCAGCAGUUCGCAAGGCGUGCUUGGAUCAAUCACUGAAGACAAUGAUGGAGAUUUGUGUGAGGUGCCUAGUGAAAGAGCCAGCAGAGAGGCCCUCUAUAGAGGAUGUUUUGUGGAAUUUGCAGUUUGCUGCUCAAGUCCAAGAUGCAUGGAGAGGGGACUCUCUAAGUAGUAGCGAUGGAUCUCCCAUCUCACCUUUAGCAUCACGACGAAUGGCCUUCCAUCAUUGACGAUAAAAAGAUUUUUCACUUUUUGGUUUUGAUAUGUAUGCAUGAAAGGAUUUUUUUUAGUUGUUUACAGAAUUUGAGCUUGUAGUUUACAGCAAAAGAAUAUAGCAUAAGUUUUCGUUGUAGCCUUUAUUUUACUUGAAAUGAGUUUCCAAUGAAAAAAAAAUCUGUUAGUAGUGACUUGGUGCUUACAGCAUGUAA